AUGAUUAAGAAAUCAGUCACAUCGACGUCACAGGAAGAGACUUGUGAGGACAUCGUCCCCCCAAACCUGCUCCCCCAGACUUUGCUGAACGGCCCUCCACAAGCCUCUUCAUCUGGGGCCCCGCAUGUGCUCGGAAGGGGCCUCAGCGGCCCGCCGCCCCCCUCUUCCUCCUCCUCGGGUGACCCCAAGCGCCCGGGCUCCGUGUCCAGCACCGACCAGGAACGGGAGCUGAAGGAGAAGCAGAGGAACAGCGAAGCCCUCUCGGAGCUGACGGAGAGCCUGCGUUGCCGGGCCGAGGAAUGGGCCGGCAAGCCCAAGGUGGUGCGGGACACUCUGCUCACCCUGACGGCAUGCACGCCCUUCGACGUCCGCUUCAAGAAGGACCAUGCGUUGCUGGGACGGGUGUUUGCCUUCGACGCCACCUCCAAGCCGGGCCUGAUGGACUACGAGCUGAAACUGUUUGUGGAAUACCCCAGCGGCUCCCUCAACGUCUUCAGCUCGGCCUCCGGGGUGGCCAAGCAGAUGUACCAGGACUGCAUGAAGGACUUUGGCCGCGGCCUGUCCUCGGGCUUCAAGUACUUGGAGUAUGAACGCAAGCACGGCUCCGGGGACUGGCGCCUGCUGGGCGACCUCCUUCCGGAGUCCGUCCGGUUCUUCAAGGAGAUGGCCGUGGCGGACAUGUUGCCGCAGCCCUACCUGGACCCCGGCUGCCCCAUGCUGCCCAGCGCGCUGGUCAACCUGCCCCGGGCCCUGGCUGCCGCGGCCGCCUCCUCCUCGGCCGGGGCGAGCGGCCAGGCCCGCUCCGGGGUGAGGAAGCGCAAGGCAUCGCCCGAACCGGACUCUGACUCGCCCAUGGCCAACAGCGGGCCCCUGUGCUGCACCAUCUGCCACGAGCGCCUCGAGGACACGCACUUUGUCCAGUGCCCAUCCGUACCCAGCCACAAGUUCUGCUUCCCCUGCUCCAGAGAGAGCAUCAAGGCCCAGGGGGCAACGGGUGAGGUGUACUGCCCCAGCGGAGAGAAGUGCCCCCUGGUGGGAUCUAAUGUACCUUGGGCCUUCAUGCAGGGGGAGAUCGCCACCAUUCUUGCCGGGGAUGUAAAGGGAAAAAAGCAGAGAGAC